AUGCCAGAUGAUAAGGAAAAUAGCAGGAUUCACGCAAAGAAAGAUACAGAUUCGGAGCCCAAAUCUCUAAUAUUCGCAGCUGGAACACCCAUUAAUCGAGAUGAAUCUCUAGAACAAUUGAGAGAAUUUGUGACAAAUUUAGGAAAGUCUGAAAAAAAGAAGAACGCAGAAAAACCAAAAAAGAAACAGGGUUACUUCAUGGGGUUCUUGACACAGGAUCAGGCUGAAAAGUGGAAGAAUGAUGAAUUCAAAUUUUUGGUCCACAGAUGGUCUUGUAAAAUCGAUAAUUCAAUUUUUCAGGAAGUUGUGAUCCCUGCUCAAUUUGCUACCUACUACCGCAUCGACGUUCAACUAGAUUCUUCUAAACCACAAAAGGAUUCAAAUAUUUCUUUGAAUCUUUUCGUGUGUUAUCUGAAUUCCCGCAAUCGAUAUCACCACUACCCAAUCAUCAAAAAAGAAGGACCCACUUCUCGAGCCCUCUUUCAACUCGGGCACUUCUCUAUCACGAAAAUAUCGAAUGAGCCGAUUUUCUCGUCGAUCAAAUCCCUUUUGAAGCACUACACUCAAUUCGUCUACAUCGAUUCGAUUACUGAAACUGGUGGAAUUGAAGUUUCAGUCUUCCCUAAAUGA